AUGCAAGCACAAUAUGGUGCCUUUCAAGCAGCAGUGGAGAUGGGAUUUUAUGAUAAUGAAUGUUUGAAUGUUGUUAUCAAAUUGGGUGGACCUAAUGCUGAUCCAAUAGCAGUAAUUAAAAGUGGUGAAGCUCAAUUGGGAGUUUUCUUAUAUUCGAGAGUUUUGGUCAAUAGAGAGCUUGGCUUGGACUUUGUAAAUAUUUUCCAACAUUAUUCGAGAGGUGGAUUGACAAUGGUUUCGAGGACAGAAUCUGAGAUAUCAACCUUCCCACAAUUCAAAGGGAAGAAUAUUGGAUAUUGGGUUGGUAAUGAUUACUCCCUGCUUGCCACAAUGAAGAAAUAUAAUAUAGAUACCAAAACGGAAAUGAGCUUGAGAUUGCAAUCUUUCUCAAUUUUACCAUUGUUGGAACAACCUGAAAGAUAUGAUGUUAUUAUGGCAAUGGGAUAUGAUCAAUUGGGAAAUCUUUUGAUGACUGCAAAGAAAGAUUCAAGUGGAAAACCGACUGAUGAAUUGUAUUCGAUUGGAAGAGAUUUAAAUAUCUUGGAUUUCAAUGCAGAACAAACUGCCAUGUUGGAAGAUUGUAUUGUUAUGAACAAGGCUUGGUAUGACACCAAUCCAAUCAAAAAUAAGGACAUUCUAGUUCGUUUCUUGAAAGCAACUAUUAAGGGAUUGAUUACCUGUAGAGAUUAUGAAACCAAAUGUUUCAAUUUAAUGCCAGAUAAGAGUGCACAUCAAGUUUGGUCAGUGAGAGAAGUCAACAAAUUAAUUUGGCCUGCUAAUUUAAAUGGAGUAGGAUGGAUGAAUACUACCUUAUUGAACAGAACUAUAGACGUUGCUUACAAAUUUGGAGUAAUUAAUUCAUUAGCUUCAGCUAAUGGAUCUUAUGAUUCUCAAUUUGUUGAAGAAGCCAUGCGACAAUUUAGAAAAGGACUAGCGGAUGGAAGUAUUUCAGAUAAGUAUUCUGAUUUAGUAGCACCAAACUAUGGUCCAACCUCACACGAAUUCUGCUAUGACGUUACAACUGAUACUGUUUUCAUUUGUAAUGGAAAACUUGAUACCCUUCGUGUAACUGUACUUGUUGUAGGAAUAGUAUUGGGAAGUGUGAUGGUAAUGUCUGCCGUUUUGGGACUGUUGGCCAUUGCGUUUGGCUUUACUCUCUUGAAGAAACGAAGAGAAUUGCUAAUGUUUGCCCCUACAGAAAAGGAUGAAUCAUUCCCAAUUGUUUUCACUGAUAUUCAACAAUCAACAAAAUUAUGGAAUGCCUUCCCAGAGGAAAUGAAAAUUGCUCUGGAACUUCACAAUCAAUUGCUGCGGAGAUUAUUAGAUGAAUAUGAAGGAUAUGAAUGUAAAUCACAAGGAGAUGGAUUGAUGGUCGCUUUCAGAGAUCCAAUCAAUGCAUUGAAAUGGAUGUUGAGAAGUCAAGUGGAAUUAAUGAAAUUGGAUUGGCCAGAACAUUUAAUGGAUCAAGAACAUGCAAAAUUUGAGGUUGAUAAUGUUGGUAAAAUGAUAUUCAGAGGAUUGAGAGUGAGAAUGGGAGGUGGAAUGUGUAAACCAGAUGUAAAAAGGGACAAAAUUGGACGGAUUGAUUAUCUAGGUAAUGAUGUGAAUCAAGCUGCAAGAGUUGGAAGCAUUGCAGUGGGUGGCCAAAUUGUCAUUCAUCAAAAUUUGUAUGAGGAAGUUUCACACAAACUUACGGACCUCAUCAUUAGAGGAGAAACAAAAGCUCCACCGUUCAAUUUUCUAGGUUUCUACAUGCUUAAAGGAAUUGACGGAGUUCAUGCUCUGUAUGACAUAUUGCCAGCAAGUAUUCACUUUAGAAAAUCUCUCUUUCCACCAAUUUUCGAUGAAGCAAAAGGACUUCUAAUUAAGGAACUUGAAGAAACAGCAAUCAUUGCCACAACCACAGAUAUAAUGGACGAACCAGAAGCUCAAGGUUCAGGAGAGAAAUCUAGCAAUGAAAUUUAA